CGCGCCAUCUGCCUAAAUCCAUCCUCCAUUCGAAUCUCUUUAAUUUCAGACAGUUUCCCGACCAUGAUCUCUGCAUUUCGAGAGUUGUCGGUAAACUAAAUGCUGAUCUCACCCUUUUCUUUUAUGUGACUUUCUCCUUCGGAGCUUACUCCAAAUAACUGCCGGGUUAGCUGUAUCUUCCCGGCAGUGCUUCAGCUCACCUAUCUAUCUCCCCUAGCCGCGAACCUCCCCUUCGUGUAAUACGUUAGCAGCCAUGGAGGACGCCGCUCUAGCCCAGUUCACGGAGGUUACGGGUUCUCGCCCGGAAACCGCGCUGCAUUAUCUGCAGUUGACAGACUACAACCUGCAGACGGCUAUGCAGCUCUACUUUGAAAAUGGAGCCGUUGAUUUUCAGCCUGAACCGCAAACUGAAUCCGCUCAACGAUCCCCCAGUCGCCCGCGAGCCUCGGCUGGAUACGAAGACGAGCACGGCGUCGUUCAUAUCGACUCCGACGAUGAAGGUGCUAGUAUACCUGUUGGUACCUCGAACCAGCAAGCGUCCACACGUAGUGGCCCAACUUUCGAAGACGAUCUGGCGCUGGCGCGUCGUUUGCAAGAAGAACUAUACGCUGGUGGAGAAUCCACGGAGACUGUUCGGGCCCCCAUUUCUAGAAGAACGGAAACCCUCGUAGGACCAGACGCCGAUUUCGAUGAUCCACACUCAGGAUUACUGCAGGAGGUUCGAGCUAGACAGCGGGCCCGGGCAGGACGCCCUGGCAUUUUUAAUCAGAGAGAUGUUACCUCGUCGAUCUGGAAUGACGAAGACCCAGAGUCACACAGAGCAACGCUCUCUCGGGCUACAGGUGGAGCGUCCGAAUCAUCGUCUAAGUCUAGUAUGCUGGCCGAGAUGUAUAGACCACCAUUCGAGAUUAUGUCAAGGCUACCCUGGGAAGCUGCACGCAGUGAAGGUCGGGAAACAAAGAAAUGGCUGCUGGUUAACGUCCAGGAGCCAUCCAUUUUUGACUGCCAGUUGUUAAACAGGGACAUUUGGAAAAACCCCUCGAUUGUGGAUACGGUGAAAGAGAAUUUCAUCUUCUUACAGUUUACCAAAGACGACGAACGCGGGGCUCAAUACCUCCAGUAUUACUUCCCUGCACACGACGUGCAAGACAAUUACCCGCACAUCGCCAUUGUCGAUCCGCGAACCGGAGAACAAGUGAAAAUAUGGUCUGGCCCACCAGUGGUCAAGGCCUCCGAUUUUCUGAUGCAGCUUCACGAGUUUCUCGAUCGAUACAGCCUUGACAAUGCUGUGCGCAACCCCGUUGCGAAGAGGAAACCGGAGGUCAAACCUCAAUCCAAGCUAGACACAAUGACGGAGGAAGAAAUGCUAGAGAUGGCCCUCCGGAACAGCUUAGAGGGUCAAGGGGCACCAAAACAUGAGGAUCCAGAUGAGCUCACGCGAAGCAUCAGUGACCUCAAGGGCAAAGGCAAAGCUACUGCGUCCAAUAACGAUCUAAUAGACAUUGAGUCCCUGGCUAAAAACGGGGAGGAAGAAGAAGAUCAGUCUUCCAAGCUGUUCCGCUCCAUCCCAUCCGAUAAGCUACAUAAAGAGCCAGAGGCGGACCCGGCUACCACGACCAGGAUCCAGUUCCGACAUUCCUCGGGCAGAAUAAUUCGGAGAUUCUCCCUGUCAGACCCUGUCAGAAGACUCUAUGAAUGGUUAAAGGCGUCUCCGAUAGAAGGCAAGGCGGGGGUUGAGUUUGAAUUGGUCUCCAUGGGGCAGAAUCUCAUCCACAUACUUGAUACGAGUAUUCAGGAUGCGGGCCUGAAGAACGGAACCGUAAUGGUUGGGUAUAUGGAGGAAGAUUAGAACCGCGCCAACAUUGUGGCUUGCAUGUUUAGUUUGGGAUGUCGCCCUUAUGGUAAUAUUCACGAUGUACAGAGUACACAGAGCAAAUCGACAGAUGGGGAUAUUUGACAUGGCAGCCCCUGAACAAGUUAGUGUGUGUUCGGAAUGGCAAGGUUUUUUUGCAUGACAAUCCGAAUAGGCGCAAAAUAAAGUAUUGUCAUAAUAAUAUCAGGAGUAGAUGCCACUC